GCAAUUAUGCUAUCCAUUUUGCUCAGGACCAUGAAAAACAUAUCCACAUGGAAUGCAAGCACCAUAGAGAUGGCUCAGGAGCACAUGGAUGAAAGUUUGUUGUGUUCUGAUGGUAACCAUGAUCUGAAAAUGGGAAUCAUCACAGCCCUGGCCUGUCUUAUCAUCUUGGGGAACUUUUUUGUUUUUUUAGUCAUUGCUUCAUCUGUUUCUGGCUGGUCCAGUAACAGUCGCUAUAUUCUAAUCUCCUUGACCGGCACAGAUGUCACAUUGGCCAUAAUAGUGGUCCCACUCAAUCUGUAUGGCAGCAUUGCUCUGGAGCCUGGUGAUGAAGAUGAUAUCAACUCUACUAUCGGGUCAUAUUGUCACGUAGUAGCUUUCAUCAAUUCUUCUGUAUUUGCCUCGUCAAUCUACUCCUUGGCAACCAUUAGUCUGGAACGCUAUGUAGCAGUUUUCUUUCCUCUACACUACAACAGGGUAAUGAGCCGCCGCCGGGUCAAGUUAUUGAUUGCUGCAGCUUGGUUGUUGCCACCAAUCUUCUUGUUUCCGAUUUCCAUCCCUGGUGGAAGAGUAAUUCAUGUCUAUUUUUCCCGGGCCUCUCUUAUCUGUAACCCAGACUAUGCCAGCAAUAUGAUUUACUCUCUACUCCUCACAACCUUUAUCUUUUUCCCUUGCUCAGCUAUAGUCACAUUUGCCAACCUUCGACUGUGGCUGGUGGCAAGAAAGCAGAGCAGACGGAUGAGUGUGUGCUUGGCUAACAGAAACCACAAACUGGAAAUUUCCACAGUGUGUGAAAAUGUAACAUCAACUCAACUGUUCGAAAUAAACAGCAGUCUGUAUACACCCAAGGAAGGGGGAGAAAAGGGACAGCGGAAGGGAGAUGCUGCAUCCAGGGUCCUCGUUCCAGUAGUCUGUGUAUUCUACGCAUGUUGGGCACCAUGCAUGAUCACUAUCCUGUAUAAUGCGAUUACCCAUGAGAGAGUCCCUGAGUGGGUAGAAUUUGUGUCCUUGUGGCUACCAAGUGGAAAUGGCUUCCUUAACUGCUUUGUUUACUUCUGGAUCAACAAGAGGUUUCGGCGUAAAUUCCGUCAACUUGGUCGGAAACUGUUUCCUUGGAGAUGGUGCUGCUGGUCCCACUGGAAAAGUGGUAAAAGGAGAUCCAUGCUUCAUAUCGCAAACAAUAACGCAAUGUCUGCUUUACAAGAAAGGUCAUGUAGCAUGUCCUCCACAUGUUUGCUUCUUCCCCGAGCUGCAGACUCUGUUUUAUGA